AUGUUAUCUAUAUACGAUAUUUCUGAAGCUCCAGAGCCUGCCCUGCCUGCAUCUUCUCUCAUCCCAAUAAUGCCUGCAGAAUUACCCUACAACGUUCCGUGGGCGACACAUCCGCUCUCGAAACGUGAAGCUUAUGAUGUGGAUAUUGAUAUUUUGACACAGAACUUCACAUCCUUUGCCAUCAGAGACGUCCCAAAAACCCCCUCGGUCCCAGGUGCUUACCCUGAAACUCCACACAUCGAUCCCAGGGCUAAAAAGAUUAUCAAUUUUCUAAGUUUGUAUUCCGAGAAUAAUCGGGAAAUGGUCGAACGUUGCGCCCAACAACUAGGCGAAGUUACGGAUCCGUACACGUUCGAGAAGAAGGCCUUCAACGCCCUAUCACUGUUGGUGGCCGACGGUGACACUGCAGCACUCAAAGAACCCGCAAAGCACCUUCGUGAGCUUCUCUUCGGCGCGAAGAAGGUCAGGUUCGCACACGCACCGCCUGACGAUGAUGUCUUUGGGGCACCAUCUGAUGCUGCCAAACCCGCGAAGCCAGAGGCAAAAGAUGUCCAGGUGAAAAUGGAGCCCUCUUCAUCACCGUACAUCUCGCCUCAAGUCACCGAACACCCAGAUUCUCGAGGCCCGCGAGAGACAGAGAACCAGCACGCGCCGACGCCAGCCGUGUCCGUUUCGGUGGCCCCUCCUCACGUCCCAACUAAUCCGCGCCCUAAUCCACUCCCUCGAGAGUCCCAGGACGCUCCAGUGCACCCAGCCCCCUCGCAUCAUGUGCACCCAGCCCCCUCGCAUCAUGCACCAACCAAUUACGAUGGAAGGGAAUACACUACCAUACCACAACCCGCGAGUUCGUCACAAAUCCCGGUCGCACAACCCUCCAUCCCUCCAGACACGCCGGUACCCCCACCCCACAUCCCAAUCAAUUACGAUGGAAGGGAAUACACUACCAUACCACAACCCGCGAGUUUGUCACAAAUCCCGGUCGCACAACCCUCCAUCCCUCCAGACACGCCGGUACUCCCACCCCAUGUCCCAACCAAUUCUAACGACGUUAAGCGCCGUCACGCGGAUUCCUCGCAAAUUCCUAUCGCACAAGCGCCCACCACACCAUCCCACCCACAGUAUUCGCAAUUGCAGGGGCCUAUCCAGUACCCCACAUUCCAAACGCAGGCAUCGAACAUCUCACAAGUACCCCCGCCUCCCGGACCCACGACUUACACCUAUAUGCCGUUCGGAGCCCCUGGGUCGAUCCCUCAACAUGAGCCUCAAGGGCCACCCCAUGUAUGGCAACAAUAUCAUUAUCCAGGUGGCUAUGCUUCCCCACCACCCCAGAGUCAGCAGGGCUACUACAGUGUUGAUACAUCGGCGCCGCAGGACGCCGCAACUCGUUACUACAACCCUCCCCCAGCGAUUCCUGAGCCAAUCUUUGAAUCAGCGAGUACCCCUCGGCCAGCGCCUCGUCAUACAAGCGCACCCCCCCCAGUGAUCCAAGUGCAACCGACUUCGUACGAGUCGGUCAGCACCCCGGCGCGUCGCCAUGUCAGUGCUCCCCCCCCAGCUCAGCCUCGAGGGGAAACCGUCUCUACACCUCCCAGGCACAAUCAGCGGUCGUCGAGGUCGUCGGCAUUUGAGAUUGACAGCGUUUCAAACACGCUGGUACUUUACAAUGGCAAUGAUCAGCCAUUGACUGUCGCCUCCCUUGCAACGAAAAAUAAUGAUAAACCGAUAAAAGAGGGCAACCGCGUCAAGGCGCGUUAUAUUCUCUGCGACCGGCAAUCCAACGUCCCGGUUGUCAUUUCCUGCCCCAUACUCCCUGUAAACUGGAAGAAGCUGGCCGGCGACUUAUUCAUCAUCACGACAGGCGCUUUGAAGGCGGACACCGAUGCAGAAACUGUCUGGAUGCUGAACGAACAGGGUAGCUGGAACAAUAUAACGCAAGAAUUUAACAGCGGGCGAUUGGAUACAGCGCACUUGGUGCGCCACCCGGCUAGCGCCAUUGCGCCCGAUCACUUCCUUAGCAGGCAUACUAGCGCAGGUAAACCAGGCUGGGUGACGGCGAAAACUCAGGAUACGUAUAAGGUGUGA